AUGUCCUUCUUCGACUUUGUGUCGCCCUUAACGAUGCACCACUUGACCACCGCAUCAUCGAGCUCGGCGUCGACGUCGACCAGCAGCGCAUCCACAGCCAGCUCGCCCUCGACCUCGUCCCAGUCGAGCUACACCUCGACCGAGUCGCACCUGCAGCCGCCCUUCUCUUCUGCCCCCGUCGACUCGCCCACCACGUCCGCCUUCUUCGACUCGCGCUCGCCGUCUCCACCACCGACGUUCGAGUCGUUCGCUGCCCCUCCUCCUCCUGCCGCCGCACAUGCACGCCCUCCAGCCCCAAUCUCGCCUCCUCCUCCAACCUCGUUCGCCCAGGCUCAAGCAGCCAUGGCAGCGAACAACUCGACGCACUCUCAGAACCUGAUCGGCCACGUCCUCGACAACUCGUCUCCCGACCGAGUCUCGCACCUCGAGUUUGUCUCGAUCCUCGGAUUGGGCGCGUACGGUGUCGUCUACCUCGCGCGCGACAUUGCUGCUCAGCCUACACCCUACCCUACCUCCCGCGCGCACCCGCAGCUAGGCAACUUGCCGCUGUACGCUGUCAAGUGCCUGAACAAGGUCGGGUUGGACGAGCGCCAGCUCUCGUUCCAGCGGAGAGAGAUCGGGUUGCAUUCCGUCGCGGCGAAACACCCCAACGUCGUCACGAUGCACAACGUCAUCAUCGAGGAGACGUGCAUCUAUGUCGUCCUCCAGUUCUGCGAGGACGGAGACUUGUUCGGCAUGAUUACGGAGCGACAGCGGUACCUCGGCGACGACGACCUCAUUCGCAAGGUCUUCCUCCAGAUCGUCGACGCAGUCGAGUUCUGCCACUCGGCAGGCAUCUACCACCGAGACCUCAAGCCGGAGAACAUCCUCUGCCUCGAGGAUGGCCGACGAGUCGUCCUCGCCGACUUUGGACUCGCGACCCACGAGCGAACGAGCGGUGACUUUGGCUGCGGCAGUACCUUUUACAUGUCGCCCGAAUGCCAAGGCGGUCUCUUCCAGCGCCUCGCGUCCUACUCGACCGCGCACAACGACAUCUGGUCGCUCGGCGUGAUCCUCGUCAACCUAACCUGCGGCCGAAACCCCUGGAAACAAGCCUGUCCGUCCGACGAGACGUUCUGCGCUUACCUCGGCAACCCCGAUUUCCUGCGCUCCAUCUUGCCCAUCUCGGAACACACGAAUCGGAUCCUCAAGCGCAUCUUUGCUCUCAACCCGCAGGCGCGCAUCUCGUUGGCGGAAUUGAGGAGGGAGAUUUCGAGUGUCAAGACGUUCACGAUGAGCGAUGACGAGUUGAGGAACGCGACGAGGGCGACGAAGGAGGCUGCGAGGGCGUUUGCGCAGAGUGGCAAGGCCGCGAGGGAGAAUCACCAGCCGGUCGAGCAGGUCGUCGUUCCUCCGCCCCAGGCCCAGUCGCAGCUGCAGUACGACGAGGAGGAGGUGGAGGAUGUGAUGUACGAGGACGAGUUUGAGGACGCGAUGCAGUUUGAGGAGGAGCAGGUUGCGGUCGAUGUGCGCGAGCAGCAACAGCGGACGCCCUGGACCAAGGCCUUCGUCCCGUCGUCUCCUACGACGCCGACCCAGCCUCACCGCCGCACGCCUCUCACGCCUCCCGCAACGCCCCGCCGCUCCGCCCGCGAAGCCCCAACCCCGAUCGUCCCCCCUCCUCCUCCUCCCGUCUCCUCCCGCCGCAAACGCCCCGAAGCGCCGUCCACGCCCCCUCCCCAGUCGCGCGCGUCGUUCGAGUCGAACCCGGACUGGAUCCGCGACGGCGACGAGUUGUUCCAGACGCCUCCUUCGCCUGUCACGUCUACCCAGCGCCGGCGCUCGCCUCGCUCUGCGGCGCGCCAACUGCCCAACUCGCGCCGGAGAAAGACCUCGGUCGACUCGUCCUCCUCGUCGUCGGGCAACUCGUCUCUCCCUGCGACGCCGACUGGUCCUUCCUACCCCCCGCACGUCACGAAUCAGUACGGUCUCUCGCCGAACAACAAGGUUCGGAUCGCCGGAUCUGCGGACGCCGCCGCUGGUCCAGUCAUGGCCAACUGCGACUCGACCUCUUCGACGCUCUCGGCUGCUACGAAGGCGGCGUACACGGCCUACUACCCGAUCUGGAGCGACGACUGGGCCGACGCGUGUCGCAACCAGCAGGCGAGUUACCGCGUCGAACUCCCGCCGCCGGUCGUGCUCCCAGCCGACAUGGACGACCACGACGAGGCGACGCAGGGACCGUACCAGUUCCCGACACCCCCGACGACGGGGGGGUACUACACCCGCAUCGACCCCGACGAACAUAUGGUUCACUGA